CACGUUAGCCCACACUCUUCUCGAAAGACAUAUCAAAUCAACACUCACUCUCUAUUUAAUAUCAAUUUCCAUAUUUUUUUCGCUUCUCACUACCCAAGACGGUUCUGUAGCCUUUACUACUAUUCUGGUGGCACCACCGAGGGUGCUGGAGAUGGAGAAGAGCGAGGAUUGCGUGGCUGGGAAUAUGAAGAAGAAGAAGGGCAAGAGCAAGAACAUGAAGAAGGGGUUCAGCGACGAGCAGAUCAGGUUGCUGGAGACCAUGUUCGAGUCUGAGUCGAAGCCCGAUCCAAGGAGGAAGAUGGAGCUCGCGAGGGAGCUGGGGUUGGAGCCGCGGCAGGUGGCGAUAUGGUUCCAGAACAGGAGGGCUCGGUGGAAGUCGAAGCAGGUCGAGCAAGAGUACAGAGUGCUGAGAGCCAGCUAUGAGAAGCUGUUGGCUGAGUUCGAGUCUUUGAAGACAGAAAAGCUGGAUUUAGAGAAAGAGCUGCAGAAGCUAAGUGGUAUGUUAGAUAAAAACCAAGGUGGGGGCAGGAUCUGCAGAGAGGCUAGCAAUUUAGACGAUGAAGAUACUAAUUGCAAGAUCGAAGCCGACCCGAUCGGGCUACACGAAUCUUUCGAUCGGAGUUUGAUUGUCGCCUCACCUGACGACCAAUUAAAUGAGACAGAGAAGUCGUCGGAAGAUGCGCGGGAUUAUCUAAGCCGGGACGAAGAAAAUUGUUCCGUGGCACUGCCAGAGAAAUGGAGCAACUUUGGUUCGAACGACAUUUUAGACUAUCCUUGCAGCAAUGUGGCGCCGUGGUGGAACUUCUGGACCUGAGAAGGGGGCCGCCUAGGCGAUUGAACUUUCGGGAUUCAGUGUAACAUGAAUUCGACAUGCAUCGCGGGGUCUCAGCAUUAGCUAAAACAUUGUACAGAAUGGGGUAGCUGGUGGGGUAAACGGUCCUGCUCGAACAUAGACGAAGAGAUCGCUCGGUAAUAGGGGCAUCGCAGAUGAGGAAAGAAAUGAAAUGAAUUCAGAGCUUCAAACA